AUGCGCGACUGCAGCAGACUUUUGGAAAAGGAAAAAAAAGAAUUUGAAAGUGAAUUAAAAAGGGAAAUUGAAAAGGAAAUUAAAGAAAUUAAAAAAGAAAUUAAAAGUGAAUUCAAAAGUAAAACAGAAGGCAGCCAAAAACAAGCUGUACAGACACUCGACGCCGUCAGCAACGCUUUGUGCAAAGUCGCAGACGCCGCAGAACUCAUCAGGAAUGUUCAUCCGUUGCCGGAGUGGCAACAGGCCGGAGACCAAGUGGUGCAGGAGGUGCAGCACUUCAUGAGCGUGGCGAACUUCAGCGACUCCAUCUACGAAAGACUGCGAGAAGGAGCGCCAGCCCAGGCUGAGAGCGGUGGAGAGGAGCCCUGCAAGCCUGGAGCACCCGCAGCACCUGCUGCUGCUGCUGCUGCUGCUGCUGAUGCUGCUGCUGCACUGACUAAGGAAGAGGCCGUGGUGCUGCGCUGCAUGCGCGAGGCGAUGGAGCAGCAGGGCGUACACCUCAGCAGCAAAGAAAAG